AUGGGUACUAAUAAGGGUAUUACCAAGGGUAUUGCCAAAUCACCGACUAGUAACAUUUAUGGGUCCCCGUUACUGCAUAUAGAAAAUGAUGUCCCUAGCGCAAGGAGGAAUACUUAUCUUAAUUAUAUUUAUGUAAAUGCUAGAAGCCUAACAGCUAAAAAGGGGGAACUAGAAAUCCUUGCCACAAGCAUUCAGUACGAUAUUAUAGGCAUUACUGAAACCUGGUGGGACGAAUCUCAUGACUGGUCAAUUUAUAUGGAGGGUUAUAAGCUGUUCAGGAGAGACAGAUCAAACAAACGGGGUGGAGGGGUUUGUCUUUACCUAAAGCAGUUUUUAAAACCUGAUGUACGGAAGGAUAUUCAUGAGGAAAACGUAAACACUGUUGAGAUGUUAUGGGUUGAAAUUACAUGCGGUGGAAAGGUAAAGAAAAAGAUAGUAGUGGGGCUAUGCUACAAGCCCCCUGGCAUUAAUAUAUCUGACGAGGAAAUGUUGCUGAAGCAAACUGAUAAAGCGGCAGGAGCAGGGGACGUAAUAGUGAUGGGAGAUUUUAAUUAUCCAGAGAGAAAUUGGAUAAAUGAUUCAUGCGAUACUGCUAGGGGUUAUACUCUUUCCUGUACAAGCUGCAGUGGUACAACAGCAACCCUAUGUACGGGUUCUGCGAUCGCCUGCCCAUCCGGUGCUGACGCCUGUUCAACUACCUACACAGAGACCCAAAUUACGGCAUUCGGACUAAAAACGAUCUCAGUAGAGAGAGGAUGUGGAUACUUAUCAGAAUGUGAACAACCGAAGAGUCUCAGUAACCAGUUUAUGACUGUGAAUAUAAACAUUGGAUGCUGCACAGUUGAUAACUGCACAGCAGCAUUACCUACAGUGUUCACUGGCAAUGCAGCUGCCAACGGGUUCCAGUGCCCAUCAUGCUUCACUUUAACAGCUGAAACGUGUGUGCCAGAUUCCAAUAUCAGCUGCACUGGGAAUGAGACCAGGUGCACGUCAUACUCGAUGAGUUCUGCCGAUGCACCCUAUAAACCAAUCAUGGCCAUGUCUGGAUGUGCCACACCAUCCCUUUGCUCUAACUACACUGGAACUACGUCAACCGAAGUCACUGGACAGAUCAAGAUAGGCAUCAAGUGCAACAAUGCCCCAGUCAGUACUGGCAGUCAAAAUAAUACUACUCCCAGCAGUACUGUUAGUCCUAAUACAAAUAGUGAAUCAGUCAGUGUUAACACUCCAGCUGUGACCAAGGCCAACACUCCAGCUGAGACCAAGGCUAACACUCCAGCUGAGACCAAGGCUAACACCCCAGCUGUGACCAAGGUCAACACUCCAGCUGUGACCAAGGCCAACACUCCAGCUGUGACCAAGGCCAACACUCCAGCUGAGACCAAGGUCAACACUCCAGCUGUGACCAAGGUCAACACUCCAGCUGUGACCAGCAACUCUCAUGCAUUUACAGAAACAGGCACCAGCAGUCAUUUAGAAUUAACUAGUGGUGGUAAUAAAGUUACAAGUCUACCAAGUAGUAGAACUGAAUCCCAAAGCUACCACUUUACCACUGACAUUGCCAAUUCCUACCCGAGCAACAGUACCGUGUCACAAAACAAUUAUACUACUCGCGUGACUUUCACACCCAUAGUUCUGCAUAGCACGACCCGUGAACCAGCCACUAGCUGUUGUGUUUGUAAUGGGUCUAUCAACCGUGGCUUUAAUCUUUGCCUGAUUUUAAUCUUAAUUUUGCCCUUGAUAAAAUGUUUACAUUAAAGUGUGAGGCCACAUAAUUCUUUCUUUCCUUUGUCAUUUUUAUUCUUUCAUUCUGAAAACGAUAUUGAGUUGUAAUGGAGCUUUAGUAAAUCCAAAUGGUCAGUUCAGUUUUCUUUCAUGACCUGUCGCCCCCUUUAGUCUCCUUUUUUUAUAUUAUAUGCACCUACUGUAAAUGAAAAAAUAUUUAAAUUGACAUAACCAGGCACUUUAUAAUCGUGUUCAGUACCUUGUCACAGACUGGACGGUUGCAAAGAGCUCAAAGAGUUUUGGGAUGGCGUGUAAUACUCUUAUA